GGAUUUGGCCCGUGGUAGGUAUAGCCCGGGUAGGGGUUCGCCGUAUAUAAGAAGACAACCAGGCUGUGGUGUGGGUGCCAUGCAAUCAUUGGCAUGCAUAGAAUCUUCUCUCUAUUCCCUCAAGCCGGCAUUUACAUAUCCAGGGCUUGACAAACCAUACUCGGCCUAACGACCCUCGGAUACAAUCCCACACACGAUGGAUGUCGUGCUCGAUAUCCUCGACACCCUUGCCUUUGAUCGGGUAUAUGCCUCGAUCCUGCCAGGGAACAGUACCCCCGAGCUUGACACCACGCUCCUCAAUCAACAUGUCGGCCGUUAUUAUCCUCUCCAACCUUCUCAAUGGGCGGAUGCCAGCAGUUGGAAGCGAGAUCAUCUUUCAAGACAAGCGACCUCCCUAUUGUUUAUCACAUGGUUCUUCGGUAUGGCCAUAUACUUCAUCGGCAGCACCAUCUUUUACCACACAUGGUGGGACAAGUCCCUCCUCAAACACCCACGAUUCCUAAAGAACCAAGUUCGUCUGGAGAUAGAGCAAGCCCUCUUCUCUAUCCCCAUUAUGGCGAUUCUCACGGUUCCCUUCUUCCUGGCCGAGCUCCGCGGUUGGUCCAAGCUGUACGACCUCCCUGACGAAGCUCCCUUUCCGGCGUACAACUGGCUCCAGUAUCUAUUCUUCCUGGCAUUCACCGACACGGGGAUCUACUGGAUUCAUAGAUAUGAGCAUCACCCCUUGGUGUAUCGCUGGUUGCACAAGCGGCAUCACAAGUGGCUGGUGCCGACGCCUUUUGCGAGCUUCGCCUUCAAUCCGUUUGAUGGAUGGGCACAGAGUCUCCCGUAUCACAUUUUCCCAAUGCUGUUUCCAUUGCAGAAGGGUGCAUAUCUGGGGUUGUUCGUCUUCGUGACAUUGUGGACGGUUCUGAUCCACGACGCCGACUGCCUGUCUCAUUCGGCCAUUAUCAAUGGCCCCGAAUGUCAUACCUUGCACCAUCUCUUCUUCAACUAUAAUUACGGGCAGUUCACAACUUUCUGGGAUCGAGUUGGGGGCACUUAUCGGAAAGCCCGCGGGGAUGAGUUCAAGAUGGUCAAGAGUCAAUAGGUGAGGUCGGUUGGGGCCAUUUGUAAGAUAAUCAUGACGAUAAAGUGUAAACUGUACAUAUUUUUAGGAUAACAGUAAUUAUGCCCUACGGGGGGCGUCAAUAUUCCGGAUGAAGU